AUGAUGAUGAUGAUCAAGAGAAGAGCUUCUUCUGCGAUGAUUGUUUCCAUUGCUCAGUCUCAGGCAGCAACUGCUUCGUUAGGUACUGCUGCUACAGUUAGUUGUACUCCUCUUGCUUCAUUUCCCUUUGCAUUCCCAAACCCUAAACCCCAAUUAGCCUUUUAUUCUGCCAGUAGCAGUGAAUUUAGAUCGUCUUCUGGAAAAGUUCUGAAAUUUCAAUCAGGGUUGAGGAAUUAUAUUAGUAAUAUCAACAGCAUUGAUGAUGCUCUGCGCUUAUACCAGCAGAUGGUCCGAAUGAGGCCUCUGCCUUCUGUUAUUGAUUUCAAUCAACUGCUGAACCGUAUUGUUAAGACGACUAAGCAUUAUUGUUCCGUUAUUUACGUGUUUAGAGACAUGUGCGUCGAGGGCAUUCCAGUUGAUGACUACACCCUCAAUGUUGUGACUAAUUGUUACUGUCUCGUGGGCCGAGUGGAUUUGGGGUUUUCCAUAUUGGGUGACUUCUUCAAGCGUGGUCUUCUGCCCGAUGUAGUCAUCUUUAGCACUUUACUUAAGGGACUUUUUCGAGAACAGAAGGUUCCUCAGGCACAAGAAUUGUUCAAAAAAAUAAUAUAUGACAAAGUUUGCGAGCCCAAUGAAGUUAUGUUCGGGGUUGUAAUAGAUGGCCUGUGUAAGGUGGGAAACACUCAAACUGCCAUUGACUUUCUCAGAGCAAUGGAAAAAGGACGAAGAUUUUCUAAACCUAAUACAGUUGUGUACAGCACUAUCAUUGACAGCUUGUGCAAGGAUAAAAUGGUCAAUGAAGCUCUUGCCCUCUUUCAGGAGAUGAUUGAAAAGAGCAUACCCCCAAAUGUUGUUACUUACAAUUCUUUGAUUCAGGGUUUGUGCAAUUUAAGCAAAUGGAAGGAGGUUAAAGAGCUCUUCUCUGAGAUGAAGGAUUAUAAAAUUGUUCCAGAUGUCUAUACUUUUGGUAUAGUGGUAAAUGCACUGUGCAAGGAAGGACAUAUAGAAGAUGCUGAACAGGUAGUAGGUGUCAUGAUUCAGCAAGGUCAGAAUCCCGACCCCGUCAUCUACAAUUCCUUAAUGGAUGGGUACUGUUUACAGAGCCGAAUAGAUGAAGCAAAGAGAGUUUUUGAUACAAUGGUUGCUGGCAGCCUUACUCCUACUCUCCGUAGCUACGCUAUUCUACUAAAUGCCUAUUUCAAGAACAAGAAUGUGGAAGCAGCUAUGAAUCUCUUCCAAGAGAUUCGACAUAAAGGUUUAACUCCUGAUAUUGUUGUUUAUAACACUGUUCUGCAGGGGUUAUUUAGUGCAGGAAGGUGCCUUAGUGCACGAAAUUUUUUUGCUGAGAUGCAAGCUACUGGCAUGAAGCCUGAUUUUUACAGUUACUGUGUGGUGUUGGAUGGAUUAUGCAAGACUAGACAUGUUGACGAAGCAUUGCAAUUAUUCCACACAAUGGAAGCAGACGGAAUAGAUCUUUGUAUAAGAGUGUACAAUAUCAUCCUUGAUGGGUUGUACAAAAGCAGGAGGCUCGAUAGUGCUCGAGAUCUUUUCAUUAAGCUCUCCCACAAAGGAUUGGACCCUGAUGUCAUAACAUACACCAUAAUGGUUGCUGGCCUGCUUUCAGAAGGUUUCAUCACUGAAGCUAAGGAGCUCUUUGAGAAAAUGGAAGAGAGUGGUUGCCAGGCAGAUAGUGUUAUGUACAAUGUAAUUCUGCAGGAACUCCUUAAAGGAGGCCAUUAUGAUGACGUAAUAGUCUAUCAUGAAGAAAUGGUUCAAAGAGGUUUCUUGAUGGAUUCAACUACUUUUUCCAUUUUACUUGAUUCAUCUGCUGGAAAACAGAACAAUCCUUCUCUACUUAUGUCAAUUCUGAAGAUUGAUCCAGACAGCUUGAAGUUCAGGGAUGCGGGAGAUAGAAGACCUUCACAUUAGUUGCAACUUGUUGAUCCUGCUAGUGUUUGGCCUUUAAUUUGCUAGAACUAACAUUAUUUGAGUUCACUUUUGAACUGGGCCUUGGAGGAGUUAUGUUGGUCGUAUUUUGUGGAAUUCCUGAAAAAUCUUAAGUCCUGGUGAAGAAGCCACAGUCCCUCGGAAAGUUCAAAUGACAAGUGUUGCAGUUUACAGAAAUCUGCUGCUGUUAAUUGGAUUGAUAACACUUCUUCUGAGAGGCUUCUUAUUUAUCCUUUCAUGGAGAACCUCUAUGUGGCAUGUCACUUUAGAGAACCAAAACUAGUGGAGUCAUACAACUACGGAGUACACGAAACAGAGCCUGUCAAGUGUUGUUUCACUCAAGCUAACAGGACAAGGUGGAGUAGACAAUUAAGUGGCCUCUACAUAUAAGACGGGUGAAGUAGAGCUCGCUAUUCUCCACUGGAGGGGAGCCAAAACCCCUCUGGAAAAGCAUGAGCUAUUUAGACCAAAGAGCAUGAGCUUUUGUACUCCUCUGUAAUGAUGUGGGAAGCAAUGACACAAGUAAAAGGCAUGAGCAGGAUGAACUGACAGCAGUGAUGGUAAACGUUGGGGGGAGAGAAGAGAGAAGAGAGCCCCUGUUUUGUACAAGUUGUUGCAAUGUAACAUUUGCAACCUCUUUGAAAGCAAUAUUAAGCCAUUGCUUGAAGUAAUAUUGGUGUACUAAAAGGCGUGGGUUGCAUUCUAGAAUUGAAAAUGAUGUAGACUUUGCCCUACAUUUUGUGCUUUUACCUUGAUGCUUACAUUCUGUUGAGCUGCUAUUGAUUUUCCUGCAAUGAUAAAACCUUAUUGCUGAUCCUUCAUGUCUGGUUCUUGUUGUCUUUGCAGGUUUUUAUAUUUUGCAAAGCUGUUUUGGAUGUUAUUUAUUUUCUCACUUUGCUGCA